CACCAUGCAAGUUCCAACAAGGAUAAGAUUUUUUCAAACUAGUGUGGUGUGGUUAUAAGUAUACAUAACAGUGGUGAGGAUUGUGGCAAAAACCAUAGCAAUCAAUGGAGAAAAUUGAUAGGAAAAACAAGAUCCUGAUAUUUGGAGGGAGUGGUUACAUAGGAAGUUAUAUGGUGAAAGCAAGCCUCAAACUAGGGCACCCAACUUAUGUUUUCUCAAGGCCAAACUCCUCCAAACCAGACCUCCUCAACCACUUCCAUUCCUUGGGAGCCAUCAUAGUCAACGUAUCUCUCUCUCUCACUCUCUUUCUCUCUCACUCUCUUAUAUUGGAAUUAAUGUGUUUGCAGGGAAUGCUUGAUGAGCACGAGAAACUUGUUUCAUUGAUGAAGAAGGUUGAUAUUGUGAUAUCUGCAGUUGCAUACCCUCAAGUUCUUGACCAGUUCAAGAUUUUGGAGGCUAUCAAGAUUGCUGGAUACAUUAAGAGAUUUUUGCCAUCCGAUUUCGGGGUGGAGGAAGACAAAAUUAGGGUAUUGCCGCCAUUCGAGGCGUUCCUGGACAAGAAGAGAAGAAUCAGAAGAGCAAUUGAAGAAGCACAAAUUCCAUACACCUUUGUCUCUGCAAAUUGCUUUGGAGGUUACUUCAUCAACUAUUUGCUCCAUCCUUCCGAUCCAAAUAAAGAAGAGAUCACUGUUUAUGGCGACGGCCAAGCUAAAUUUGUGAUGAACUACGAAGACGACAUCGGGCUCUACACGAUCAAAGUUGCAAACGAUCCAAGAACGUGCAACCGCACCGUGAUAUACAGACCUUCGACAAACGUAAUAACACAACUCGAGUUGAUUUCACUGUGGGAGAAGAAAUCUGGAAGGAAUUUCAAAAAGAUUCAUGCCUCGGAAGAAGAAAUUGUGGCCCUUUCGAAAAGGCUGCCGGCCCCAGACAAUAUACCGGUGGCUAUCCUGCAUAGUGUGUUCAUAAAAGGCGUGACGACGGGCUAUGAUUUUGCGGAGAAGGACGUGGAGGCUUCGUCGUUCUAUCCGGACAUGAAAUUCACUACCGUCGACGAGCUUCUCCACAUUUUUCUCAAACAUGAUGGGCCCAAGCCUGCUUUGGUUGCAUUUCAAUGACUCACAAAGCCAAAUUUGAUUUUUGGCUUGAUUUGCAGUUUUAUUUGAAUUAAUACGACUGCCAACAUUUACCAACACACAUCGUUCAUGGUGCUUUUAUUUUCUACAAAGAAUGCUUAUUUGUUGUUGGAAAUCAACAUUUAUGUGUGGAAGUUGCAGAUUAAGUUCGGAUAUUCUGUUAGUAAUAUUUUAUCAGUAUAAUUGAAAUAAAAUUGUGAAGUCA